UUUCAGAAAUGAACAAAUCGGUCUUCAUUUUUGUGCUAGCAAGUUUGGUGACAUUAGCACGGGGAUAUGAUUCAGAUCAAAUGCCUUUAAUGGGAGACAAGGAUCUUCAACAAUUGAGCAAAGUUGAUGACACGUUGCGAAAUUGUUGUGUUAGACGGAAAGUUGGUGACAAAUGCACAAAUACGUUAUGCAGUUUAAGUGGUGUCGCUCUUAUGACAAGUGAUGCGUUACGAAGUAAUAUCUUACAAUGUAAGCCCCAAAUGAGGGAUAUUUUGAAAUGUGCUACAAAGUUGAACAAUCUGACAUCUUGCUGCUCUCAACGCAAUGUUCCGGAUGGAUGCCUCAAUGUUUGCGAUGGAUCAGGGCGAAUGAGCUUAAGCAAAUUAAGCAUUUCUUGCUUGCAAUAUUCCGAACCAAUUGUUCGUUGUUUCGGAGAAAAUUUGCUAUUUCAUAGGAAGAAUACAUUAGUUUUUGGAGCUUCAAAGCGAAUGCGAAUGAAUUAAUGAGAAAUGGUAAUGUUCGCGAAUGAUAUUUGCAUAUUAUUCACAUAUUUACGGCA